CUCAAAUGACUGAGGUAUCAGCAUCCCCGUCGGCUGGUGACUUGCCACCGGACCAAGAAGACAUUAUUGUGGCAGAUCUUCCUGACUAUGUCCCACUUCAUCAAUCCUUAGUAAGAGAGUUUGAAAAAACUAGUGUCAUUCCAUCAACUCCAUCUAAAUUGAUCGAUGAUAAUAUAAAAACUCUCAUGAAAAACGUGAAGGACUAUAUCGAUUAUGUGAUUGAUCAUGACCAUUUACUAGAUAGUGAAAAUUAUCAAGCAUUUCUUUCUUCCCAAUUAUCAAUUUUAGAAGACUUGUUGAAAAAAAAGUUUGAACUAGAUAUUCUUAAAAAUUCAAUUGAUUCUUCAAAGAAAGAAGUCUAUUUACGCUCUAAUCAAGAACCAGACCUAUCCAUCGACUCUUUGGAUUAUUAUCAACAGUCGUCAAAUUUACAAGUAGGUGAUUUACUCCAGAAAGAGUAUGAAGAAACAAAACAACAGCAUUUAGUUUCAAACUCAUUUCAAAAUAUAUUAAAUUCUUCAAACCAGUACAAAUUUUUAAGAAAUACCUCCUUGAUAUUGAAAGACCCAGAAACAUCCUUGCCAGAUACCAGCUCGAACGAUCUGGAAGACUUGGAAGUCGCCGGUGGUAAAAUCGCUCUUAAAGAUCCAAUAUCGUUGAAUUACUUUCGAGAUCCAGUCAAAUCAAGAAAAUGCAAUCACGUCUACGAAAGAGAACAUAUCGUAAAGUCACUAGAAUCAAAAAGACACUGUCCAAUCGAUGGUUGUGAAGCAUCGAUAAGUCCAAAUGAUUUGGUCCCCGAUGAACUUAUGCAGCUAAGGGUAAAGGUUUAUUUGGCCCGGGCAAAACAUAAGAAGCCUCAAAGUAGCUUCGAUAGAAUCUAAGCUUGCUUUUCUUGUAGAAUAGUGUAUAUUAAAUAUCUUGAUACGGUU